AAAAGUCAAUCACAGCAGCCUUUACCAUGUGUUCAGCUGUGUCCAAUGACACAGCAGAUCACCGAGUACACAGUUGCCAGCAACUGUCACAGAGCAGAUCGGCACUGAUGAUCAGUGCCCAGCAGUGCCUCCCAUCAGUGCCUUCCACCAGUGCCCAGCAGUGCCACCCAUCAGUGCCACCCAGGAGUGCUGCCCAUCAGUACCCAGCAGUGCUGUCAGUCAGUGCCACCAGUCAACGCUGCCUAUCAGUGCCCAUCAUUGCUGCAUAUCAGUGCAUCAUCAUCAGUGCCUCCUCAUCAAUGCCCACCAGU